UACCGCAGCGUCGUGGACGGCGACGCUGCUGCUUCGCCCGUGUUGCUCACCGUCGCCGACAAGGUGAAGGCCGCUCCCGCCGCGGGGCUGCCCUCGCUCACCGUUGGCGAACCCACCACCAAGUCCGGUGAGGUUUGCGGCGUUUGGUCGAGCGUGGCGCUUCCCGUGUAUUCCCCUCCCGCAUUGCCUCCGGAGAACCUCACGCAGCAGGUCGCUCCCCCUGUCGAGGAU